AUGUUAGGCUCGGACCAUUUCGAAGAAACUAUUUUGGAAUCAGACUUUGAGAAUAUGAAUAUAGGAGAGCUACACAUCAUUUACGAAAAGAGAAACAAAACUCGUACUGAUAUAUACAAAGCAAAAGUAAAAGCCUUCUUUGAAGAUUUUAUUAAAGGUCUUGGUCCAAAAUUCCAAGAACUGUUUUCUAAAAUUGCAAAUGUAAGCCAAAUUGUGAAUAUGGCAAAACGGCCACAUAAAUCAUAUCCAGAAUCGGGUUUAUUGCCGAUAUUGGAUGAGGCGAGUUUGAGCAUCCACAGUUAUUGCUCAAACAUUGAUCUGAAACGGACAUUAAUCAACAGGAACCCCAUAACUAUCAGCUUGUUAUUUUUUCCCCAGGAAUGUCAAUUAGCCGAGGAAAAGUGUUCCACAUCAAAAAUGUCAAAAAAGAUGCAAAACAAAACCAUCUGGACCACUAGAUUUAAUCUAACAUUAUUAUUUGACAUUUUCAUUUCUGGCUUAAGAGAAUCAAAUUUAGUUUUGUUCCAGUUUGGAACAAGAACUUGUUUUGAUAACUAG